GUCAGGACAGUGGGUGGGGUGAAAGUGGAGACAUCGGGGGACUAAAUGGUCAUUUGAGGUUCUGGCUUGAAGCCCUGUUGUACCGAUGCCAAUAUUAGUUGCCAAUGACUGCCCAGCUUUUCAGCGGACUCCCUGUUUGCUCCCUUGUCUGUCGACUCUCUCUCAUUAUCCAUCUUGUUUUGUUUGAUUCUCCUGUCCGUGGUUGAAUUCCUUGAACCCUGAUGUUCCUAAGCCGAUCUUCUACCAGUAAUGUGUGUUAAGAUGGAUCUGGCCUAUUUAGUGAAGUUUUAAAACUAAAGGUGACAGAAGUUAAAGGCUGCACAUUCAAUCAUUCUCCACACAUUUCUUUUUAAUGUUUACAUGCUUGACAACUUGUGUUUUAAAGGUAGGAUGGUUUGAACAAUGAUUGAAACCAGAGAGCCAUGGGAGUUGAAGAUUACAUGAAUAGGUUUGUCUGAUAAAAUGAUUAGCUCAUUGCAGAACAUGUAGACAUCUUUGUUCAAAAGGGUGAUGUCCUGAUUUAAUAAAGUUGUGGUCAUACUGUACUCUGUGGGGAGGGGCUUCAAUGGUGCACAUUUUUUUGUGAAGCUCCGCUCAGACAGCCUCAGACAGGUGUGGGAGUGGGUGAAAGGUAACUGGGUUAUUCUCCAGGUAAACAUUUACGAGAGGUGUGUAUUUACAAUUUCUUGAAUAAAGAGAUACCCUCUGUUAGUCAUCACUUGCAGACAUGAAACUUAUUAAGUCAGCAGAGAAAUGCAGAUAAACCAGGUUUCUCUGCCAGCAGGUUUAUACAGGGAUUGACCUUAAUAUUUUAGUACACAUUGAAAAAUAGUGCACGAGUUGUCUGCUGGUUGGAUAUUUCAAAUCGCUGUGGAGAGUCCGCGCCUGGCUUUGCUGCCCCUCCAGUGGUUGAAUUCAUGAGCGCGCUCAGUGACAGCUGUGCAUAGUCCUUGGGAAUGGGGAAUGGAGUCCAGGAACAACGGGCAUCACUUACGCAGGGAGAAGUGCAGCCACUGGCUUCCUCCAGUCAGUCAGAAGGCCUCAAGCACACUCGGUCCGUCAUCAACUCGCUCUUCUCGGGGGCUUUAGCAGGAGCUGUGGCCAAGACAGCCGUCGCCCCAUUGGACAGGACUAAAAUCAUCUUCCAAGUGUCAUCAGCACGAUUCUCUGCCAAGGAGGCGUACAGGCUGAUAUACCGCACCUACCUAAAGAAUGGUUUCCUCAGUCUGUGGCGGGGGAACUCUGCCACCAUGGUGCGAGUCAUCCCAUACGCUGCCAUCCAGUUCUGUGCACAUGAGCAGUACAAAAGGCUGCUGGGAAGCUACUAUGGCUUUCAGGGCAAAGUCCUUCCUCCAUUGCCCAGGCUACUGGCCGGAUCCAUGGCUGGUACUACGGCAGCCAUGUUGACCUAUCCUCUGGACAUGGUGCGAGCAAGGAUGGCUGUAACACCAAAGGAAAUGUACAGUAACAUCCUGCAUGUGUUUGUGCGGAUCUCUCGAGAAGAGGGCCUGAAGACGCUGUUUCGAGGUUUCACACCGACCAUGCUCGGUGUUAUUCCCUAUGCUGGUCUCAGCUUCUUUACCUAUGAGACACUGAAGAAAUCACAUGCUGAGCGCAGUGGCCGCCCACAGCCCUACUCAUAUGAACGUCUGGCGUUUGGAGCCUGCGCAGGUCUCAUCGGCCAGUCGGCGUCCUACCCUCUGGACGUGGUGCGACGGCGCAUGCAGACUGCAGGAGUGACGGGUCACACGUACGGCACCAUCCUGGGCACCAUGAAGGAGAUUGUGUCCGAGGAGGGGCUCGUCCGUGGACUCUACAAAGGUCUCAGUAUGAACUGGGUGAAGGGGCCCAUCGCAGUGGGGAUCAGCUUCACCACGUUUGACCUUACUCAGAUUCUCUUGAGGAAGCUGCAUCAGAUGGGCUACACUGGUCGUUAGAAGCAAUUCAGAGUGGGAAAACUGGGAAAGCACAAAGAUUCCCAUGAGCCCCCUGAAGAGCAACAAAGAGGGGGAAGUGAGAGAGAAAGGAGUGUCUGUAGCUGCUCAGAAGCAAACACACUGGCUCAGGAUGCGUGGGUAAUAUUAAUGUACUCUCACUUUAUCUGUGUGAACAAGGGAUGUUGAGUCCCUGCAGGUGUGAGGUAGAGUAAAGGGUGGUACUGUGUACCUGUACACACUGUUUUUGUGUACAUUUAAGUGCAAUAUGCUCAGUGAUUUUGUGUGUGUGUGUUUGCACGCUAAUAGUUUAUAAUGCUCCUGCCCUCUUGGACCAGGCCUGUGAGUGUAUUGUGUGAGUUCAGAGGUACGCAUGCACACACGCGCACACACAGCCCGCACACUGACGACUCGCAACUGCCUUGCGUGUCCGCUUGAAGCCGACACCCUCUAAUACGAUGAAGGCUGCCACUCAUUUCCCUCUGACUUUUAAGAUGCAUUAGAUUUGUAAAGAGUAAAUCGUCUUGAGAUUUGUCUUGAUGUGAGUAUGUUUGUUUUAAGGAAUUAUACCAAAGGUUAGGAUGUGAGCUAAUGAAGAUUUUAUGAUGUCAAAGGCAUUAAGAUAAUUAAGCACAAAAGUAAAAAAAAAAAAUCUUGCCCAGCACAGAGCUAACAGCGUCUUUCCUGCAUCGAACAGUGAGUUUUUGUUUGAGUGCAAGUUCAGGAUCUGAAGUAAGUGGAAGCUGAAUUCACUCACUUUUAUUUGGAGAUAUAUUUCUGCUUGGACAGCAGACAGAUGCUCUAUAUUUUAUGCCAGUGCCAACAGAUAGGUAUUGCAGAGCCCUGGAAGGGAUAUGGAAGGGGAAAAAAAAGGAAAUGUACUUUUGCGAGACACAGGAAAACCUUUGCGAAAUCUCGCAAAAAAGCUGUAACGUAACUAAUGCAGUUGGUUGCUAAUGAAUUCAACCGGGGCUGCCAAGUCAAUACGCUUUGCGACGAGUGUCCCCUUGCGUCAGUAGUUCAGAUGUUUCUCACUUUAUAUUUUAUAAUAUAAUAUAAUAUUUUAUAUAUAUAUAUAAUGUUGGACUGUCUACUGCCAAGCACUGAUUUAAUGUCUUACAUUUGAGGCCAAUCUCAAAAUUUGGUUUCGGUUUCCGUGCAGUGCUGGACUGACCCGUCAGCACAUUGUAGGCUUUGCAAGAUCUCGCAAAAGUACAUCUUUUGUCCCUUCCAUGACCCCUCCGGGGCUCCUUAAUGUAUAAAGAGUGCCCUUAUUAUUUUGUUAGCUGUAAUGAUAUGGUAGGCUUUUAAAAAUAUUUUCGAUUGUGAAACACGUCAGUACAGAUGAUUAGACAAGUAUUUCUGUCCAAGUUCAGUAUAUCAGCUGAACAUGAAAGAUGGAGUUUAACCUCACAUCAAAUAAAGCUCAUCAAACAGUUCGAUAGGUCGCUUACCAAAUGUGUGAUCAUCUGAUGUAAUCCGAUACAGCAGCCCUGCAGUGACUACAACCUUUGUGAAGUUUACAAUGUCCCAUUAUUGUUGACACUGUCGGAGGUGUUUCUUUAAAUCUCUGGUAUUUUGGUUGAUAUUACUUUGGAUGUCAAUCUAUCGACAGGUGAUAUAUGUUGUUGUAUAUCCCAUUUGUCCCAUGUACAUUAUGCAGAUGUUGUCUUCCAUUAGCUCACAGUGUCGUGACUUGCAGGAUCUCUCCCACGAUGACUUUGCUGCAGUUUCAUAUCUGUUUGGCUUAAAAAAUUUGACCAGACACACUAGUUCAGAUUUUGACUGGGCAUCGAAACAACUCCUGGUUGUAGUGAACUCACAGUGUAGAUCUGUCAGGGCUACUGGACUAACUUGACUGGAAAUUCGCAGACACCCAGUGAAGAGAUCAUCCGAGUUCUCUGUUACAGGCAUUACACGUACAUAUCAUUGUCCUCUCUCAGCCCCUCAAUCUCAUAUUUCAUUUUACUUGAGCAUCCACCAGUAUUGAUGCAGGCUUGCAGUCAUUGAGGAUUGUCAAUAGAUUUCUAUAUUUAGAUCACACAAACUGAGGCAGAGUGGUCUAGCCAAGUGGAGAAGAGGGCAGGAAAUGUCUUUAGCAAAAUGAAGAACAACGUUAACUCUUUCAAACAGGUGAGGAUUUCAGCUGAAUAACUACAGUUAUUAUAAGGAAAGAAAAUAAUUAGGUGAAAAGAUGCUAACAACAUUCUCUAAAUGUCAAAUAAUGUCUAAGCACAGCAACUGUAAAAAAUUAAGACAAAGUCAAAUUAUAUGAGCAUAAUUAUGUUUGAAAUCAGAAAAUAUUUUAUAAAACAAAGAAUCCAAGGAGACAGUAACUUGGACCAAGCAUUUAUCCUCUACCUUUGGUACUUGAUAGUUUGCGAUACCCGCUGCCAGGGCUCCAGUUUGGUCAGUGCCAAAUCAUUCAUAUUUGUUACCCAGCUCUUUUCAGUAUCUCACUACACGUCAUUAAACUCACAACCCUCCUCAUGCCUGAACGUCACCCUCUCAUCUCUCUGUUCACGCAUCUUUUGGUUGUUUUUCCUCAUUGUCUCAUGAAUGGUGUUAAGGAGAAAUGUAGCGUUGAGGUGACACACUUCAACCUAACCACACUAAAUGUGCAUCUAGCAAAGGGUGGAAAACUUUUCGCUGAAGAUGCAGUUAGUUAUCUUUGCCCCUUGCCUUAGAUAGCAGGAGGGAAAUAUGUUUAGGUGAAUGAUGAAUUGAAAUCUGCUUUGAGCUGACGUUUGCACGAGUGCUACUUCGAUAGAAGUUCACAGUGACUGAAAGCUGAGUCAAGGACAGUUACUGACAUUUAAGUGCCUGACAAGGAAUAGUAAACAUUUUUAGUACGACUGAACUACUCCUACUUACCUUUGUGAAGGCUGCUUCCUUUUUCUAGCCUUAAUUUGGGCUUGAAGUUACAAAUACUGAAGAAGCAGCGGCUAGUUUGGAGGUGGUUUGGGGAUUGUUAGACCUCUAUGACGGAAUGUAUUAAUACAGGUGCAGUUUUCGUAUGUGAAUUUUUGUAAAACUUAGUAACUCCCUUGUAUGGUAAUGCUGUCAGCUGUUGAAAUACAUGAUUCUUGGCUCCGGAGCAGAUUAGAUCAAUCAAACAUGUUUCGGUCCAAUUCUAGGAAUGUUGGAUGAUUUUUAAUAGGACAUUUAAUGGCUAUUUGUGCCCUGUUCUACGUUGGAAGACUGUAAAGAACAUUGCAGUGUUGAUAUGUUCCUAUUGAUGUACCAGUAGAUCAAAGGAGGUAGGUAAACUAUAAUGAAAAAAUAUUAUAAUAGAGACUUAGACAAACCUGGAUAAACUCCAAGACAAUCAUUAAAUGCCAAAAAGAAGUUUUACGUUUUGUGUUUGUUUCAAAAAUAGAAGUAUGAUUUUUGUUGAGAACCUGACAGUGGCUUAAUUAGAUUGAUUACUGACACACUACAACAACGAACGUGUAUGUUUUGAUUUUUUUUGCUCUAACAAAUGCAAACUAGUUUGUUUUUUUUAAACCUGUUUGUGGGGAAUCUAACAGACGUACAGACCAACAACGCAGCUGCAUUCACGUGUUCCAACAGAUUAUGUUUUUGUUUGAGUGCAGCAGUGAUGUAAUGGCUGCCUUGUGAAUCCCAGUGAUUUGUGCCAACUGAAUGUAAACGUACUGACUAAUACCACGCCUCGUGUCCAGUCUGUCGUGUUGAUGGUGUAUCUGUAAGAACGUUUUGAAAUAUCAAAUUCUCAAAUAAACUGGAUGUUAACAACACA